AUGGAUCCUGCCGCUAUCAAUGAAUUAUUAUACGCCAGUUCAGACGAUGAAAGUUUUAUUGAGUAUGACGAUAGUUCCGAUGAAUAUUUUCCUGGUGAUACCGAAGAGCGCGAAGUAAGUGAUGACUCAAAUUGUUCUAGUGAUAGCGAAGAUUAUAAUAUAAGUGAUGAUUGGGAAACCAAUAGAAAUGAAGAACCUCAGUUUAUUCCGUUUACUGGAAAUCCAGGGUUAUUGAGCCAUGUGCUGGAUGAUGAACCAUAUAGCUUAACACCAAAAUCAAAUCUAUCUACCUGGUAUAAUACUGAUGUAGUUGAAUUAAAAAAGUUUUUAGGUUUGACUAUUGUGAUGGGUUAUUUAAAAUUUCCGACACUUCGCACUUAUUGGUCACAGAAUGAAAUUGAUAAUCAUCCUAUUUUUGGUAAAACAAUGAGUAGACACCGGUACGAGACUAUUUUACGCUGUUUGUGUUUUUACCAACCAAAUUUAGUUGACCAUUCAGACAGGUUACAUAAAAUAAGUAAUGUUACAAAUCAUAUAAUUAACAAUAUUCGUACCAAGUACUAUCCGAACGAAAAUUUAUCCUUAGACGAAUCUAUGUUGUUAUGGAGGGGCAGACUAAGUUUUCGUCAAUAUAUACCAAGCAAAGCUCAUAAAUAUGGUAUAAAGUUUUAUGAACUGUGUACAAAAGAUGGGUUUAUAUUGGAUAUUUUGAUAUAUAAAGGCAAAGGUACAGUUGAAGACAGUAGAGGUGUAACAUUUGGAAUUGUUGCUAAGCUUAUGGAGCCAUACUUAGGAAAAGGUCAUACAGUAUAUAUGGACAACUUUUACAAUAGUGUACCUUUAGCUCAAUUUUUAUUUGAAAAUCAAACUAAGGUUGUUGGUACAUUGAGAAAAAACAGAAAAGAUAAUCCCAAAGAUACUUUGAAUGCUAAAUUGGGCAAAGGUGAAGUAGCUCAUGUCCAGAAAGGCAAUAUACACGUAAUUAAGUAUAAUGAUAAAAGAGAUGUGUGCAUGAUUUCUACCAAACAGAAAAUGGACUUUGUAGAAUUCACAGACAGAUUUGGACGGAAAAAAAUGAAACCUAAUAUUAUUGUUGAUUACAAUAAUAAUAUGUCUGGUAUUGACAGGGCUGAUCAAAUGAUCAGCUACUAUCCUACACCUAGAAAAUGUUUACGAUGGUAUAUAAAAGUUUUUUUUCACCUCAUGGAUAUGUGCUUAUGGAAUGGAAAUCUAUUGUAUAAUAAGCACGUUAAAAAUAUGGCUCACUUAGAAUUUAGAAAAUGUGUUGCAAGUUGUCUUAUUGGUAUUUCAUACAAUCAACGAGUAGUUCAUAAUAAACCAUCACAAAAAACGCAUAAUCUUAUGAAAGUAAAUAUUAGAAAAAGAUGUAGAGUUUGUCAUCAGAAUAAACUGCGAAAAAAUACUGCUUUUGUUUGUGAUACAUGCAAGGAUGAUAAAGGGAAUACAAUCGGUUUAUGUCCUGAUCCUUGUUUUAAGAUUUAUCAUUUAUAA